AUGGGUUUGAUUGAAAUACAAUCGAAAGAAAAGUUUUCUGACUUGACCUCCGUCAAGGACAAACUCAUAGCCUUAUAUUUUCAUACUCCAUGGGCUUCCCCAUGUAUCCAGAUGAACAAGGUGAUAUCAACAUUAGCAGACUCGCCUCAGAACAAGCAUAUUGACUUUCUCUCCAUUAACGCAGAUAAUUUCCCGGAAAUUUCGGAUUUGUUUGAUAUCUCAGCCGUCCCUUACUUUGUGUUAGUCAAGAAUGGAACCAUUUUGAAAGAGUUGAGUGGUGCUGAUCCGAAGGAGUUUGCUUCUGCCCUUGAACAGUUGGGAGGCAAUGAACAGGAAAUUGAAACAAAUCAGGCUGAUUCCUCUGUAUCCAAGGAAAAAAGUUCUUCCGUAUUUGACUAUGUCAGUUCUGCUACAAAUAACCAGGAUGCUGCACCUGCUGCAGUCGCUUUGGAAGAGGAAAGUCCGGAACAGCUGAAAGCAAGACUUAGAAAGUUAACCACAGCCGCUCCAAUCAUGCUCUUCAUGAAGGGAACCCCAUCUGCUCCUCAAUGUGGGUUUUCCAGACAGUUGGUGGCAAUUCUUAGAGAGCAUCAAGUGAGAUUCGGCUUCUUUGAUAUCCUUAAAGAUGAUACUGUUAGACAAGGUUUAAAGAAAUUCAGUGACUGGCCUACAUAUCCUCAACUUUAUGUUGGAGGAAACUUUCAGGGUGGCUUGGAUAUUAUCAAAGAGAGUUUAAGUGAAAAUGAACACUUCUUUGAGACUGCUUUAGUAGAAGCCAACAAUACUAAUUAG